CUGUAUGAAUGUUGAACAUCCUCUGUGCGUCACAGGGCAUUUACGGUUUCAUAGUUUAGUACAAGAUGUCUAUACUAGUUAAAUAGAGAUCAUCAACUGACUACAUCAACAACAUCAUCUGAGACAGGAGCUUUGAAGAAGGAUGGAUUCAGUGGGAGUGAAUGCGAUUGAAAUGGCAGCUCUGGGGAGACCCUUCCAGCUGGGCAUGUUGUACGACUGCAGGAAAGAUGCUUUAAUACCAGGAAUCACGUUGUGGAAUCAAGAAGAGCUGCAGAAGAGUAUACAAACUCGUCCCCAAAUUAACACAGAUUUCAAAGUCACAGCUUCGGAUUCCAUGAAGGAAAAAACAAACUUAAUGAACAUUGGUGGCUCUCUGAAUUUGAGUAUUUUAGGAGGACUCAUCAGUGUUUCAGGAUCAGCCAAAUAUCUCAAAGACACCAAGAAGUCUUUCCAUCAACAGAGACUCACCUUAUGUUAUCAUUCAACCAGCAAGUUUGAGGAACUCACCAUGAAUCAUUUGGCACCUGAAAAUAUAGUCCACCAUCAGGUGUUUGAUAAUGACACGGCCACACAUGUGGUGACAGCUGUGCUGUAUGGAGCAGAUGCAUGCUUUGUGUUUGAUCGGGAAGUUUCAUCAGAUGAGGACAAAACAACAGUAGAAGGAGAAGCAAAAGUUGCAUUUGAGAAGCUAACAAACAUUUCUGUAGGUGCAAGCGCAAAUCUAGAGAUGAAUGACGCUCAGAAGAAUGCAGUUAAAAAAUUCAAUUGCACAUUUUAUGGAGACUUCCAGUUACCGUCUAAUCCGACCUCUUUUGAAGAUGCUUUGAAGGUUUUCACUGAUCUUCCGAAACUUCUGGGAGAAAACAGAGAACUUGCAGUUCCAGUGAGAGUUUGGCUUUUUCCUUUGGACAAACUGCUCACAAAAACUGUCAAACUUCAAAAAGAAAUCAGCAUGAAUCUAAUCACAAACAUAGAAUCAGUUUACGAGAGUUUAAGUACAGCUGAGAUGAAAUGCAAUGAUCUUCUGAAAGACUCACCAGCUGAAGCCUUCACAACCUUUCAUGAUACAAUACAAGACAUGAAGCAAAACUGUUCCAACUACAAGCUGAGACUCAUGGAGACACUGGGCUCUCUGUUGCCAAGCAUCCGUGGAGACAUGAUACUGGACACAGCUCUGACCGAUCUUCUGAAACAUCAUGAUGAAUCUCCAUUCAGAGGACGUUAUCUUAAACAAUGGCUGGAAGAGAGACAGAAAGAGUCUGAUGUCAUUAAAACAUUGCUCAGACAACUCAACGAUUCUGGAGUAAAAGUAGAAAACAACCUAGAAAAAAACUUGAUGGAUCUACAAGUAAAAAAUUUGGUCAGUUACACGUUCACAUCAUUAAACUGGUCAGAUGAGCUUCUUCAUAAUCAAAUGAUCUACCUGAGUCCUUCAAAAAAUGAGGAUUCAACUGAUUCGAAACAAAAGUCUUGGCUCACUUCUGAACUCAGAACCACCAUGAGGAACAACCUGGAGAUAUUCAAGAGCUUGAUUGACUCAAAAGAUCGUAAAUCAGCUAAGUUUAUCGUUUCAUCAAAGGAAAUGAAGGAUACUCCGGGUUCCUGCAUUCUUCUGUAUGAAAAUGGACGUGAUGAAGCUGUUCACUUUAGUCCUCCAUCAAAACCAGCCUGUCCAGUAACUGAAGAGGUCAAAGCUGACCAUGUGGUUUUGAAGGUGUCUUCAUCACGUCCUGAUACAGUCGAGCUCAGAUUAAUGUACAAAAUGAAGCAUGAGAAAGACUGGACAUCUCAAACUGUUCCGAAUGACCAACACACAGUGACUGUGACUGAUCUGAGAGCAGGAACUGAGUACCAGAUGAAGUGUGCAGCAGUGGGGAAACUCGACUACACCAUUGAAUCUGAUGUCAAAACAGUCAUCACUGAGGAAAGGAACAGAAGAUUUAUGGGUGAGUCAUAAUUUGUUUUCCUACCUAGUCAAAUGUUUUAUUCCUUUAUUUGGUGCAGGGAUGCGAACUGCAAAAAUUU